AUGGAUACGUUAUUUUUAUUUGCUCCGUUGCAGUAUAUGUUACAGUUAGGGAUUCUCCGUGCUGGACAUGUGCCGAUUGUCUUUGCAAUUGUUUUUACUAUCAAUUUGGGUGUUACCUACAUCGUUUCUGUCUGGCGUGGAGAUGUAGAUCCAGUGUUCCCAUACAUUUCAGCAUCAGCGGAUAAUCGGCCUGAGUCUUGUGUUUUUGGCAUGUUGCUCAAUCUCUGCAGUGGUUUAUCAGUAUUGAUAAUUUAUAUGCGUUAUUCGCUUAUAGUGGAGCUGAAUAGGGGUUCAGAUUUACUGCUUCAAAAUGCAAAUAUUUUGGGACUUAUAGCUGGUGUUCUGGGAGCUGUUGGGAUGUUUGGCGUCGCAAACUUUCAGGAAACCUCCGUUGUUAUGAUUCAUUUGGUAUUUGCUUUUAUUUGCUUUGGAAGCGGUUGUGUCUAUAUGCUUCUACAAUCUUUUAUAACACUUCAUAUGUACCCUUUAUACUCGAACCGGCGUAUUGGUUAUAUCCGAUCAUCUAUUGCCUUAAUUUCAGUCCUUCUGUUCAUAACAAGUGUAACAUUUGGCGUUCUCGCUUCAGCUGAGUUUCACAAAGUUUAUCCUGAUCUUCCAACUCCCCGUCCAUGGUCAAGACGCAUUUACGAACCAGGUUAUAAUCUUCACUGUUUCUCAGCAAUUGCAGAAUGGCUUCUUUCUAUAUCAAAUACAGUAUUUUUUGUUAGCUUCUCGCGAGACUUUGAGAAAAUAGUAGUCGAGUUUCGUGUAAGCCCUUUGGUAAAUCAUCUCGACCAAAGUCCGUUAUGGCAGUCAACGAAUGAUCUCACUGAGCACGGUUAUUGA